AUGUCAUUUGCUCAUAAAGUUGUUCUUUGGGUGAUGCAACGGCGGGGUUACCUUGUAAGGCUGAACAAAAGGCAGACUUUUUUUCACACUUUAUUGUUUUGUGGUAAAGCCGACUUCCGUUCAGCAAAUUUAACCUCCGAGAUAACUUUUUUUAAUGAGAUUGUGAGGGUAGCCUCUAGUACGAACGCCUGGGAGUCAACGGAGUAGUUUGUUCUAAAACUGUAAAGUCUUCACCUUUCACGAUACCUUUCUAAUCUUUUCUGAAGCUAAGUCAAGCGCGAAAUUUCUCAAGGUCCAAAGCGCAGUUCCCAGAUCUGGAAGUCUGCUGUGAUUGGUCUACGUCUUUUUCCGCUCAAAUCAGUAGACGUUAGUGGGGCAGAGACGAACCCCUAAGAACGUCUGCGGGGGAGGCUAGUUGAAGGUCGUCCUCAUGUAAAUCCGUAAAGCUUUUGUAAUAGUUUUUGCGAGAAAUUAUCAGUACUUUGACAAAGGAAGCUAGCUACCUUUUUAAGUAGUUGUUCCAUUAGUUUUCUUUCAACAACAGUACUUACAAUGCAUAUUACCUAACUUAUUCUCAAUACGUAAUAUCAUUUUGCUUAUCGGUGGAUUCACAAAUCUUUUCGUUUAGGAAACUCAGCUUUAUUUUUAUUCUUUAUAAUUUUUUUUCGCCUUUUUUUUCUUUUGUUUAGACACUGUUAGACGAGAAGCAGAUAUCGUGGAUAACCAAAAAUGAAAAGUUCACAAGAAAAUUCUGUAACAGCUUACUAAUUCAGCUGAAAGAGAAACAUCUUAAUCCAGUCCGUCGACGACUUGAGCGGAAUGAAGCGGCCAAAAUAUCUUUCCAUCAAAUCAUUGGUGGAUACAAUCAGAUCCAGGAGGAUUACCACAACUCUGCUAAAGGUGCCAAAGAUGUUAUUACCGCAGUUUUCACAGAGUGUUGCCCGGUAAGAUUAAACGUUGAAAUUAGUCCAUUUCUUUCGAAUUGAAUAAUGACCCCCAUCUGCUGAGUUAGAUUGGUUUGUCGGAGUUAAAACUGAAAUAGACAUCGAUCCCCUCCUAGUCGCAAAUGAAGACGUUUGAUUAAACUUCUAGGCUGCUAUUUCUUUCAGUGAACUAAUGUUCUGUUUGUUUGGUUGCAGGCUCUUUUGAAAGAACUGGAGCAAUCCUUAGUGGCCAAGGCUUUACAAGAACAGGAGAACCAAAGGCUUGAGGUUAAAAUUUUUUCUCACCCUGCUUUUUGGCUUUAGAUAACUUGAAUAAGCAAGAGUAAGCUUUAGGCCUCGUCAAACAUUUUUCCUUUUCAGUCGGGUAAACGCAUACAAAAACAUCCCUUCUAAACGACAAUCCUGGACAAAAGUCUGGGGACACUUUGCAUUUCUGGGGCGUUUUCCAAGUCACACAUGUUCAACUCCUCCCCUCACCCCACUGACAAUGUUGGACUCGUGUAUCCAGAUUUUUUUUCCGAGUUUCAACUUUGUAUAGGGUAGGGGGAGGGAGACUGCAAGAAAAUUUCGAAAAGGGUGCACUGUUUAUGAGGGAACCGAGAAAUGAUAGAGAAAUAUGGAUAUUGCAUUACUGUCCCAAGGACAGGACAUGAUGAUUUUGCAAUUUUUAUUUGUUUGAGCUUAAACUUUACACAGGAUGACAGAACUCGGUAUUUCUAACGAUAGUUUGUUUUUAGAUUUUUAUUUUAUCUGUUUUUGGCGGGAAAAUGACGUUAUAGGAAUAACAGAAAAAAUUGAUUUUCGACUUCUGAGGUAAAAAGUAAGCACUUUAAAUCCUACGCCAGUAACCCAGCCGUCUAAUAUAUUUGAAUAACGCUCACAGGCUAUGAUAUAUGGCUGACGACUUUAAUAGUCGGGUACACAGGGGAACUAAAAUGUUACACCCACGGGCUUUUUUCUGUGAUUUUUGGCAACAAAGCUAUUCUUACUAACUCGAUUACGCUGAUUUCGAAAAUCGUUGUUGCUAAUCUCAAUUCAUGUGUUAAGAUGAUAUAUUGGGGCGUUUCAUUAUGACGCCAUUGUCCAAAAAAGGAGUUUUAUUUCUUUUAACAAUUUUAGGUUUACUAUAACCAGAGACGCUUUGAACUUGUGAUCAGUGUACUAUAAAGAUUAUAACGAAAAUUUCUGGCAGUUUUCAAGCUGUGUCUACUAAUUUUAAACCGUCACUUAUUAACAACUGACCACGCCCUUUGAUAUAGUUACUUUUUGAAAACGAAUGUAAUACUUGUAUAAAGCUGCAAGUAAAAACAUGCAACCCUUUCAACAUCGUCCAUAACACGAGUUCUUAGCAAUUGUAAAACCUCUCUGUUCCUGUACCAAGCACUUUGAGGUAAAAACGUUUAACAGCUAAUUCAAAGGUGAAAACUGAGCUGAAAAGACAACGGGUGCCCAGGAGUGGCUAAUUAUGACUGGAAAAAAGUUAAACGGCACUCCACGUGAGAUCUCCUCUCCCUGUAACAGAGAUACUGCCGAACCGAGCCAGCGGUGCACGAAUACUGACCUAUAUCACGAAGACUUCCUGUGCGCCCAGCAGAUUGGUUCCAUCUUACAACUUGGGUUCUCAUAUUGGUGCGUAGACAUUGUCGUAUAACAUACAACACGAUGACCGCUUUAUCCAAAGAGACAGCUCCCGGGAGAGACAAAGUCAAGAUAAUUAAGCUGAAAUGCAUUACACUACAAAAAUUUGGGAUGUUCUUUACUUAGAUAAAAGUUCCUACCUGCGACUUCGGAAAUUGAGCAGUCUCUUGUCCAAGUUGUUAUAAGGGACAGACUCAGGUUGAAACGUUUGUGCAAUGUAAUGGAGGCUACUUUCUUCAGACAGAAAAGACGAACAGGAUUACAAAGUUAAAAUUGCUACAACUAGCUUCAAGAAAAACAAUUCUGGAAGCAGACAAGAGGGGUAAGACUAAAUCUGCGGAACUGAUAAUAAUAAUAAUAAUAAUAAUAAUAAUUAAGUUCUUUUCCAUAUUUUCAGUUACUAGUUACUAUUAGUUACUAUUACUAGUGGGGGAGUUUAUGUGAAUUCAUGUAAAUUUAAACCCUGAUUUUAGUAGGACCUACUCCCAUAAGUGAUUGACGACGUGCUGAAGUAAACAAAAUACGGGUUAUGACAGAAUAAUAUUUGCUGUAGGAAAUUGAAAGUUAAUAGUUAACCAAAAUUAGUAGUUAACUGAGAAUUGGCCGAAAAAUUAGUAGUUAAGUGAGAAUUGGGUACUCCCAUUAGCAUCCUCAAGAUAGCCUCCUGUAGCGCUUGCACUCGACGAUUUUGUGAAAAAAUGGGGUAUACCACCAUAGCAUUAAUCGAGAGUUCUGGUUCCAAAGUCCACAAAUCGCGGAUUUCCGGCUUGUUAGUACAUUUGGAAGGCAACGAGAGGUAUAUAUUUAAACACAGUAGCGCAAGGUUGGGAGAAUGAGAGAAUUUAAUGUGAAUCUGUUUUUGAAAAGUAGAUGACACUGAGCGAAUGGCUCGGUGGUAUCUGAGAACUAGAGGAAUACGUGUGGGUGAGUUGGCUAUGGUUCACUGGGUCAUCGCGUCAGUGUGUGACAGGUUGAACACGUUGAAUCCCCUGGUAUAGGAGACCGAGACUGUAAUGUGUAAAGAACAGUUUCGAUAAUCGGUACCAUCAUUGAAGGACACCUUGACGUAGAGAAAGGAGAAAGAUUUGAAUGAGCAUUUUCAUGUACAUUUAAUAGUGGGAUAUUACAACUGUAUCUUGUGGUUGUUCAAAUUAAAAGCAAUUUUCUUUUAAGAUUCUAUCCUUGACGUAGCUGUUUGAAAUCCAGCCACGAAGAAGACGAUAUGAAAUUCGUUGUCUAUGUAGUCAUUCUUAGCGAGCAUUUAAACAACGUGGUAGUCUCCUCUGAAGACACAGACGUCUCCACUAUUUACUGUUCCUGGCGCAUCGCAAUAAGCUGUCAUCAAAGGAACGGAUAUGGGCAGAACUUUGUAGAAGCCAAAUUAUAUACUUUUGCAAGAGAUCUCAGUAAAUCUUCAUCGUAACUUAUCAUGUCCAGGGGCGUAGCCAGCCUAUAGACCAGUAGGCCAGGGCCUACAAAUUUUAAGGUCGAUCAUUCUACCGCUUGUAUAUUAAAUUAUGCGUUGUUGGGAUGAGCUAAAAAAAUUAGGGGCUCAAAGUGGUGGUGAGGUCAGUUGCCACGAUUCAUGUGUACGUCUUUCAGGAUGUGUGGAAAUGAAAGUCAACCAGGCCUACAACUAGUCGAAAAGCUGGCUAUGCCCCUGGCAUUGUUACCAUUCAAUGCCACCACCGGCUGUGACUGCACCUCGUUUAUCUGUGCUGACACCAUCGCAUCUGCAGAUAGGUUUAUUUGUCCGUUAGGUAUGACGGAUCAAGAGAACAACUGGACUUUGCUCGCUCCUUGCUAUUUGCCAAAUUCAAUAACCCAGAGAAACUACGCGCUAUUUGCGAUGCGUUCAAGUAA